AAUAUCGGUAUUCUGCAUUAGACCGGAAGUAUAACAAUGUCAUUUCUGAAACUGAUUUUUUAAAAUUUCUCUUCAGUACUCUGCUAAUUGCUUGUAUAUUUUGUUGCAAUAUAUAAUCAAAUAUGGGCUAUAUGUAAAUAAAUUAAAAUUGGAGAAAAUCAUUGCUCCUAAAGCUGAUAAUUCUGGUCGUUACUACUAUAUUUUGGAAAUAAUCAGGAAUAUAUAGCUUAAUGUAUGGACAAAAACAAUGGACAUUCAUUUAGCAAUGUUAAAAAGUCGAUAAUGGAGAUGCCGUCAGAUUGGACUAGAUGUAUACAAUUUAGAUUGUUAACUCCCUCAGAUGUUCCCGUCCUAAAAGUUCUAUGUGCAGAUUGGUUUCCAAUUAGAUAUCCCGAUAGUUGGUAUAAAGAUAUUACUGGAGAUCCUAGAUUUCAUUCUCUAGCAGCAACUUACUGUGGAAGUAUCAUUGGCUUUAUUGUAUCAGAAGUCAAGCCGAAGCACAAAUGUAGUAAAGAAGAUUCAAAGAUUCUCUCUUGGCAAUUUAACAAUCGUACUGAUGUUGCCUACAUAUUAAGCUUAGGGGUAAUUCGGGAAUUAAGAGGACACGGAAUAGGUAAUAUACUUUGA